AUGAGCAUAAUUUGUGCUGUCAAAAAUUGUAAAUAUUCUUCGGAUAAUGAAGGCUCAAUAAAUGUCAAAUUCAUAAAUUUUCCAAACAGUGAUACUUCAAAAAUAUGGGCACAUCAGUGUGAUAGGACAGAUCUGUUAAUGAAAUCAAAUGAAGAGCUACAUUUAAAUUAUUAUAUAUGUUCUCAUCAUAUAGAAGAUCGUUAUUAUAUAAGCAAAAUAGAUCCUGUGAUAAUAGACCAACAUGCUAUUCCAACAUUAUUUGAACUUCGUGCUACUGAAAAAGAUGCAAGAAAUAUCUUUGACAGAAAUGAACAAACAGAAAUAACUGAUAAUGUUGUACUAUCAUACUGCGAUAUGGAUGUUCAAAUAGACCAAUAUAACGAUAUUAGUAUUAAAUUUUCAAAUUUAUGUAGAAUAUGCGAGGAAUCAUGUCUGGAUGGCAUAGAAAUAUUUUCAUUGAAAGGAAUGGACCUAAAAUUAAAAGAAAAAAUAAGUUUACACCUACCAAUCUCAUUGGAUAUGGAUGAUUUAAUGCCACAGAAAUUGUGCAUGAAGUGUUAUAAUAAGUUAGAAGUUGCACAUUCGCUAGUUAUAACUUCUUUGAAAACAGAUAUGAGAUUAAAAAAGUUUUUAAACAUUAAUGCAGAACUAAAUUACGAGGAGAGGUAUAAUGAAAUAGCAAAAAAGUGUUCCUUAGAAAUAGCUCAAGAAAUAUGUAUUAAUGAAGCAACUGAAGUUACAUCUACAGAAUUAUCUUCUAGUAAAAUUGAUGGAGUUUCUACAACUGAAGAAGACACUGGAAAGUUUAGUCACUUAGAAAAUAUUAAUGCGCAAAAAGACAACUUUGUAAAUAAUAUAAGGAAAGUGCAAUCUGUGUUAAAUGUUAAACCGCACAAUGAAAAAAAUAAAACUAAUGAAUGUACAAUUAAAAUAAUAAAAAAUUACCCAAAUAAUGAAACAUUGAACAGUGAAAUUCAGUGCAUUCAUUGUAAAAAUAUAUUUAAGUCACAGGAAAUAUUUGAAAAUCACAAAAUGUUGUGUGAUGAAGGAGAAACAGUAAUACAAAAGGAAAAAGAAACUAAUAAUAAUUUAAAUGAUAAAGAAUCCAAUAGUGAAAAAGUAAUGAACUUUCAAUUGAUAGCAAAAACAUGUAAUAUUUGUCAUGAACACUUUGAAAGUGAAAAACACUUUGAUGAGCAUAAACGUUCAUAUUGUAAGUUCCUCCAAGAAGAACAUUAUCAGGUUCCUAGUAAAAUAAGUACAAGCAAAAAACAAACCAAUAGCUUCACUGACUUUUGCAAUAUAAACAAUAUUCUACCAAUGGAUAAUAAUAAGAAAUGUGGUCAUUGUGAUUUAAUUUAUAAUACUAAAAAAGAAUUAUUAAGUCAUGUUGUGGAAUGUCACAAUAGUCAACUUUUAUUUAAAUGUAUCAUAUGUGAUAGAGCCUUUGAAAAAUGGUCUAGCUUAGACAUACAUGAGGCUACUCAUAGAAUAGACAAACCUUAUUUAUGUGAUUUAUGUGGAAAAAGUUUUAAACAUUCUAACAAUUUAAGAGGUCAUAAAAGGACUCAUUUAGAUGAUUCAAAAAAGAAACGACACGUUUGUGAUAUUUGUGGAAAUGCGUUCCGAUCUAGAUUUCAUUUGGGGGAACAUAUGAAUCAACACAAUGGAAAUAAACCUUAUUCUUGUGAAAAGUGUGGGAAAGCUUUUUACAAGAGAAUACAAUUAAGACAGCAUAAAUUGUCUCAUGGCUUGAAUAAACAUAUUUGUCCAAUAUGUGGAGCAGCUUUCAAUCGUAAGGGAAAUAUGAAUACACAUCUUAAACGUCAUAACAAUGGAGAUAAUUCAUACACGUGUAGUGUAUGCACGCACAGGUGUAAGUCAAUGAGUGAGCUAAAAUCACAUAGGAAAAAACACACAGAACAAGACAUUAUAGACAAUAUAAAAAAGAAGCGUAUCGAUAAAACUAUAUGGCAAUGUAAAACCUGUAAUCGAGUAUUUUCGACGCGAGCAGUAUUACUAAACCACGAACAUAUACAUAAAGAAGAAAGAAUAAGUGUUGAUUGCAACAUUUGUGGGAAAAAAUUAGCUAGCAAAAAUUCUUUGAUAUAUCAUAAAAAAUCUAUUCAUUCUACAAACAAGCCAUACAUGUGUCAAUACUGUGGAGAAUCGUUUGUUACCAAAGAUGUACGUGUUAUACACGAAAGAAUACACACAGGAGAACGUCCUUAUGUUUGUAAAAUAUGUAAAAUGGAAUACAAAUGUUCAAGCAAUCUUAAUCAGCAUAUGAAAAUUCAUUCGGGAAUCAAACCUUACAAAUGCUCGUAUUGUAAUAAGAGUUUCACACGAAGAGGAACGCUAAACGUGCAUGAGAGGAUUCACACUGGAGAGAAACCGUUUGCGUGUGAUACGUGUGGUAGAAGUUUUUCACAAAAGAAUGACAUGCUUAAGCACACUAAAACGCAUAAUACCAAAUCAUUGUGCUGUGAACAAUGCGACGAAGUUUUCGCAAACAAGAAAGAUAUCCUAAAGCACAUUGCUUUGCACGAGGAAAAUAAUACUAUAAUUCAGGGGUAUGUAGAAGUACAGCAAGAAAUAGCACCAUAUGUGACUAUACCAUGCUCUGAAUUUGAAUAA